CACUCAGGCGAAACAAAGCGGCCGCUUCCGGGGUCUUGAGCGUCAUCCACGCAGACGCACGUGCGCUCCUCCACCAUGGCGGACCUCCAGAUGAAACUGCUCCGAAAGAAAAUCCAAAAACGGGCCGAAAAGAACAAAGAGCGCAAACUCAAGAGAAGUCAGGAGGAAAUCCAGGAGGAGGUCCAGGAGGAGGUCCGGGAGGAGGCCGAGAUGUUGAAAGGAGGCUCUGACAGGCUGGAAGAGGACCUGCAAGCGGAGGAAGAGGAGUCCAACGCUGGGCUGAAGAAGAAGCAGAAGAAGGUGGGAGGGCCAGCAGGAGAUGCUGCCACACAGGACAAAUGUCUGAAGAAAAAGAAGAAAAGAAACAUGGAUGUUGCUGAUGAAUCUCCAACUGAGAAAAAAAGCAAGACUGAGUUAGAUGAAGAGGACGAGACCACAAGAGGAGACGAGGAAGAAGUGAAAGAAGACGAGGAAGCCCCAGAGGAAGAGGAUGCUGAGGAUGAAGAGGAGCCUGAACUGCCGUCAGGUUUAACAGGGGCGUUUGAGGACACAUCGUUCGAGUCUCUGGUGGAUCUGGUGAGUGAGAGCACGCUGAGAGGAGUGAAGGAGAUGGGCUUCCAGCACAUGACGGAGAUCCAACACAAGACUGUGCGCCCCCUGCUGGAGGGAAGGGAUGUUCUGGCUGCUGCCAAGACGGGCAGUGGGAAAACCCUGGCGUUCCUCAUUCCCUCCAUUGAGCUCAUUUACAAACUCAAAUUCAUGCCCAGAAACGGUACGGGGGUAAUAAUCCUCUCUCCGACACGCGAGCUGGCCAUGCAGACGUACGGCGUCCUGAAGGAGCUGAUGACCCACCACGUUCACACCUACGGGCUGAUAAUGGGGGGCAGCAAUCGCUCAGCUGAGGCCACAAAACUGGCCAACGGCGUUAACAUUCUAGUGGCCACGCCCGGCCGCCUGCUGGACCAUCUCCAGAAUACUCCUGGCUUCAUGUUCAAGAACCUGCAGUGUCUGAUCAUCGAUGAGGCCGAUCGGAUCCUGGAAGUGGGCUUUGAGGAGGAACUGAAGCAGAUCAUCAAGCUGCUACCAAAGAGGAGACAGACCAUGCUGUUCUCAGCCACUCAGACUCGGCGUGUGGAGGACUUGGCUCGCAUCUCCUUGAAGAAAGAGCCUCUGUACGUGGGUGUGGACGACAACAAAGACAACGCCACCGUGGACGGUCUGGAGCAGGGCUAUGUGGUGUGCCCGUCAGAGAAACGCUUCUUGCUGCUCUUCACCUUCCUGAAGAAGAAUCGCAAGAAGAAGCUGAUGGUCUUCUUUUCUUCCUGCAUGUCGGUCAAAUUCCAUUAUGAGCUGCUCAACUACAUCGACCUUCCAGUCAUGGCCAUCCAUGGAAAGCAGAAGCAGACCAAACGCACCACCACCUUCUUCCAGUUCUGCAACGCAGACUCGGGCAUCCUGCUGUGCACAGAUGUGGCAGCCCGCGGGCUGGACAUCCCGGAGGUGGACUGGAUCAUCCAGUACGACCCCCCGGACGACCCCAAGGAGUACAUCCACAGGGUGGGCCGAACUGCCAGAGGCAUCAACGGCAGAGGCCACGCCCUCCUGAUCCUGCGGCCAGAGGAACUGGGCUUCCUCCGUUUCCUUAAACAAGCUAAGGUUCCUCUGAGCGAGUUUGAAUUCUCCUGGAGUAAGAUCUCUGAUAUCCAGUCUCAGCUGGAGAAACUUAUCGAGAAGAACUACUAUCUCCACAAGUCAGCCCAGGAGGCCUACAAGUCCUACGUCAGGGCGUACGACUCUCACUCCCUCAAGCAGAUCUACAGCGUCAACACACUCAACCUCCCCAUGGUGGCGCUGUCCUUUGGCUUCAAGGUUCCCCCCUAUGUGGAUCUGAACGUCCACAGCAGCAAAGGCGUGAAGGUUCAGAAGAGAGGCGGAGGAGGCGGCUUUGGGUACCAGAAGACCAAGAACGUUCAGAAAUCCAAGAUCUUCAAACAUGUCAACAAAGGACGGAGUGAUAAAAGACAGUUCUCUCGCUGAUCAUCACCAUGUACAUUUCUGCUCUGAAUGAAGCUUCUCCUCGUUUUCCACAUUGAGUUUUGUACCUUCUGACAACUGAACUCCUGCUUUCAUGUAUGUCCUGCUCAGCUCUGAACAUAAUAAAGUACUCGACUAACCAA